CACUAUUUAAGUUGGCUUCUUCUUCUUCUCUUCUCUUCGUUCUUAUUCCCAACUCUUUCCAUCUCUUCCUUUCCUUCCACCUCCUUUCUGAGAUUUUUAGUUCUUUGCACUCUUGUUUCCUCAUCUUGGUCUUCAGCCUUUGUUCAUCAAUUGAUUGUUAGGACUCGGCUUUUAGAGGUGCGACCAUGGGAGAGGUCUCAGUACCGGCCGAGGAGGAAUGCCUGGACUUGCCCCCUGGCUUUAGAUUUCACCCCACAGAUGAAGAGAUAAUAACUCACUACCUCUCGGCCAAGGUUAUGAAUCCUAGCUUCAGUGCAAGAGCUAUGGGAGAGGUGGAUUUGAACAAGUGUGAACCUUGGGAUCUUCCAAGCAAAGCCAAGAUGGGAGAGAAGGAAUGGUACUUCUUCUGUCAGAAGGAUAGGAAGUACCCUACGGGCACGAGGAUAAAUAGGGCCACAGAAUAUGGGUAUUGGAAGGCCACCGGAAAGGAUAAGGAGAUUUAUAGGGGGAAAGGGAUACUUGUGGGGAUGAAGAAGACCCUGGUCUUUUACAGGGGAAGAGCUCCCAAAGGAGAGAAGACCAACUGGGUCAUCCAUGAAUUCAGACUUGAAGGAAGAACCCAGUACCAUAAUCACCACAGAACUCCAAGGGACGGAUGGGUUGUGUGCAGGGUGUUCCAUAAGAACACAGGAAUGAAAAGAAGCCCAAUCGCAGACCUUGCGAGGAUGAACUCAUUUGGAGACCAUACUAUGGACUGUCUCAUGGAUCCUUCCUACUUCAAUUCUGACAACAGGCCUAGUUCGAGCUUUACUGAUGGUGGACAUGGUGCCAGUUUUAGAGGGAUUUCUAUGAACAAUACCUUGAUGCCUUCCAGCUACUCCACCAUGUUGGGCUUAGAGGAUCCACAAUACAAGAGCCUCAUGGCUAACAGCUUCCCUAGUAUCGACAACCAAGAGAGAACAUCAGUGCUCUUCCCACAAAUCCCUGCUCAAAAUCCUUAUUUCUUACCUCCAGGAUCAACCAACUUGGGCUACUUGCACCAGGAGCAAGCAAUUGCAGAAGCUCUAUCUGGGGCUAAUAAUGGCCUAAAGAGUACUUGCAAGUUAGAGCAGCUCUCCAAUUCAAUGGCCUCACAGGACACGGGAUUGAGCAAUGAUCGGAACACCACCGAGACAUCCUCAGCCAUAUCAAAGCAUGAGAUGAGCAGCUACCGGUCCUACGAAGAUCCUGAUGGCGGGGCUGCUGCUGGACCAAUUCUAGAUUUGGACAAUCUGUGGAAGUACUGAAGGGUCCAUAGUUUGGACCAGUUCAUUAAUUUAUUCGAUAGUUACACUCGUUGAAUCUUGCUUCAUCGAGUUCUUUCCGAGACCAUUCGUCUAUCUUCGCAAAAGAGCUCGUCUUUCAGAUAUUCUUACUGUUUAUGGACUUCAGAUUGCAUAGCGAUUGUAUCACACUUUAUAGUUGUCUAAUGGAGCGUGAAAUUUUCGAUACUUUUUCUUUGGUUGAAUUUAAGUGGCAUAUGUUGUUUUGAUUUAUUUGGUUUUUCUUAUAUUUGUGAGGUGUUUGCAAUAAAAGCCAACACAUUGGAAAUAUACAAGACAAUAUUUCUUAUGCA